CGGUCAUGGACACAAAUCCGGGCGGGAUCCGAAUGCUUGCGCACGGCGGCAUGCUCGAGCCCCAAAUGAGGAUGGAUCGGAAAAAAUAAAAAGGGGGAGUCUAUAAAGGAAGACGAGGGACUUACUCAAACUAAACAGGCGAGGAUGCCGCUGGUGCAGCGCGCCAUCGAGCCCAGGCACCUGUGCCACGCGGCGCUGCCGAGGAACAUCGCCAACGAGCUGGAAUGCGUGACCAACAUCUCGUUGGCCGGCGUCAUCCGACAGCUCAGCAGCCUCAGCAAAUACGCAGAAGACCUGUUUGGACAGCUGUUUGACGAGGCGCACUCCUUCACCUUCCGGGUCAACUCUCUGCAGGAGCGCGUGGAGCGCCUCUCCAUCAGCGUCACGCAGCUGGACCCCAAAGAGGAAGAACUGUCGCUACAGGACAUCACCAUGAGGAAGGCCUUCAGGAGCUCCACCGUCCAGGACCAGCAGCUGUUUGAGCGCCACUCGCUGCCCGUGCCCAUGCAGGAGAGCUACCGGGCCUGCGAGCGCCCGCCGCCUCUCAACGUCCUCUCGGCCUACAGGGACGACGGCAAGGAGGCUCUCAAGUUCUACACCAACCCUUCCUACUUUUUUGACCUGUGGCGAGAGAAGAUGCUGCAGGACACAGAAGACAAGCGAAAGGAGAGGCGCAAACAAAAAUCGCAGGACCCCCGCAUGUACGAUCAGGUCUAUAGGUACUUAGACCUUCCGGCGCAGCUGAAGGGCGCGGAUCGCCCGGCCGAGCCCGACAAGGUGCCGCGGGCGCCCCACGACCGCAAAAAGGAGUGGCAGAAGCUGGCGCUGGGCGCCGAGUUGGCCCAGGACGUCGCCGAGGACAAGCGCAGAGAGACCAACGGCUCCGCAGGUUACCCUGACGACAGGGCUCAGCUGUACUUGGAGCACUUGGACGGGCCCUUCUCACUGGCGGCGCUGCCCUACAGCCAAAUGAACGAGCUGCUGAGCCGCAGCGGAGACAGAGCGUACCCCAGGCCCAACGACCCGCCGCCGCCGCCGCCUCCGCCACCACCCGCCGCGCACCAGCCGGGGGAGAUGAAGCCGGCCUCCGUCAUCAGUUGCGCUUCGGGCUUCUCCGACGGCAGGCCUCAGUCUCCUGCGCGGCCGGCCGGCCUCAAGUGCAACGCUCACCCUCCCCCGCCUCCCCCUCCGCCUCUCCCCGCCCCGCUAGCUACGCAUCAGCAGCCCCCAGCCAUCCCCCCUCCCCCGGCGCCUCUGCAGAUCGCCCCGGGGGUGCUCCACCCGGCUCCCCCGCCGGUGGCGCCCCCGCUCCGCUCGUCCUCACCUGCCCGCCUCCUGCAGAUUGCGGACAAGGGCCCGCGCGGCUUCCAAGCCCAGCCGGACGGCGCCGGCCUGCCUCCUCCGCCGGUGCCGCCCCCCCUGCCGGCGGACGGAGCGCGGGGCUCCUCGCCCUGUCCGGCGGGCCCGCCGCCCGUACCGGCCUUCCCUUCCCACUCCAACGUGCACGAUUUGGGAGUCAAGAGGCAGCAGCUGGCCAAUCUGCCGCCCAUCAGCGACGCCCGCAGCGUCCUGUUGGAGGCCAUUCGAAAGGGCAUCCAGCUGCGCAAGGUGGAGGAGCAACGAGAGCAAGAGGCUAAACACGAGCGGGUGGGCAACGACGUGGCCACCAUCCUGUCCCGCCGCAUCGCCGUCGAGUACUCGGACUCGGAGGACGAGUCUGAGUUUGACGAAGGCGACUGGAUGGAGUGACGGCGGCCGGCGGGAGGGAGGGACGAAGGAGCCGGCCAGCGGACGCUCGCUCGCUCGCUCGCUGUCGGUGGCCUCGGCGGUCGUCUUCCGAGUGCUGCGAAAGAUCACUCUCUUGGCUUUGUGCACUCCCAUGCGCAAUUAUGGGAUCCCUUUUGUUUUGUUUCAAGCCCAGGUGGGUGGACAACCUACGGCUGGAGGUCCCGCCCCUACGAUGCAUUUCUUUCUUAACAGAGGGAGCGCAGUGAAAACUGGAUGCCUUGUCAGCUGGUUUUGAAUCCAAAAAGGUGAUUCCUUCAUGCGCCAUGAUUCCAACAUAUCACCUCAGAGCAACAAAUAUGAAAGGGCCCAACGUUUCAAUAUGUUGCCUAGGCCUGCUUUAAUGGCAGAACUAACUCGAAGAUGCAUUUGGUCUAUGCCAUGUUUUUGUGUGUGUGUGUUGUUGUUGUUGUCGUGCGCGUCCACCCACUGACCUUUAACUCCAGGGAGCUCCGAGCUGGAGCGCGUCUGGCCGCCUGCCCGUCCAGGUUUUGUGUCCAUAUCAGGAAAGAACUCUUGAGCCAUUGUUUUUUUUGGGGAAGCCGGCCGAGCCCAUCCUUUGCGCUCGACGUGUCGCGACUCGGAUGAAGUAUGCAGAAUUUCUGAGUCCAGGUACACUGGGUCCAACGCCAACAAAGGCAGCUUUUCCACCGCGUGCACAAACACACGCACACACACACACACACACACAGAUUCCCCUCGACUGCGUAACGAGAGGCCUUACCUCCUUUGGUUCUACAACAGCAACCUGCGGACGACACUUUGCGUCACAGGAACAAGAAAAAGAGAAACAGAGAGAAGAAAACGUCAGCCAUGGUUUCUGUCUGUCCGUCCUUCCUUCCUUUGUGUUCUUCGACUUCCCUUCUUGUCCAAACGUGUUGUUGAGUUGAUUGAAUUGAAUGUAUCGUGCUGUUACUACUUACUUGCCUGCCUGCCUGCCUGCGCUUGGUUGGAUUUGCCGUUUCCAUGUUUGCGGAGAGAGCCUGACUUGGAGAAGAAAAAGAAAGACAAGCUCAAUAUGACAGAACGUUCCAAACUGUUCGAGUUUGCACGAAUGAAUAAAAAUCUAGUUAUGUCUCCAAA